UCUCUCUCUCAGAGCCCCAAGUUGCUUGGAAACGCUCGGGCUGACGGCAGAGAGAGAGAGAGAAACAUGGACAGCCGCCCCUGUUAACCCUUCUUCUGUUUCUUUUUCUUCACUUCUUCUUCCUCUUCUUCUUCUUCUCCUCCUCCUCCUCCUCCUCUAUCUGCAACUCGUUGGAGUCUCUGAUACCAACAUACCAUCUCAGAUUAUGUUACGAACAAAGCAGGUCGGUACACUCUCUCAGUCUGCUAGGCUUUUCCUCAGUGGGUCACGGAAUGGUGCAGCAGAUGGAAGUUCAUGCACUUCUUCUGAAGAUGAACCUUUUAUUUCCAGAAGGCAGGAUACAAGAAAUGAAGUGCAACAUUCAAAAACACCAUCCACCUUAGUACCCAAAAGUUCUGUAACUGUAGGCUCUCUGAUUUCUGGAGAUUCAGUAAAAGUGGUGAAUGCACACAAAACACCACCCACCUUAGUGCCGAAAAGUUCUGUAACUGCAGGCUCUCUGAUUUCUGGAGAUGCAGUAAAAGUGGUGAAUACACACAAAACCAAUAGUGCUGAGUAUCCAGUUUCUCUGCCACAAGUUAUUGGUGUCAAUUAUCCUAGUAGUAUUGAUCCUGCUCAUAAUGACAUUACACAUUCAUCACCUCCUAUUGCCGACCAGUUUGUUAAGGCUGGUAUUGCGGCUGUUAGUUUUCUGUCUGAUUUAGCAAACUAUAAGAUUCCUAUGUCAGAUGGGAGUGGAAUGCUUAGUUCAUCUCAGAAUUCUAUGAUAGAUCGGACAAGGCCCUAUUCCAACAUCAAAUCCUCAAAUGUAAAAGCUUUUAAAAAAGACAAAAACCAGGAAAAAGCAUCUGCUGAGACAGAAGCAGGGUCAAUUCCUACAAGUAGCUUUCAUGGUACAAAAGUUAGAGGUGAAAAAUCUGGUUCGGUCAAAGUAGUGAAUCAUACUCCAAAUAGUAGGACAGGAAAUUCACAAGAGGCUCAUGGUAUCUGUCCAGAAUCUGGUGACAGGAAAAGGUCUAUGCCUCAAAGACCAAAAGAUUAUUCAAAUGACUUCAUGGCAAAUGUAAGGACAUCGGAGGGAAAGGUUGUGGGGAACUCAGGUGUUUGCAGGGGGCCAAGAGAGACACAAAUGCCAAAAGGAGUUGCUCCAAUAGCUAGGCAGUCUAGCUCUGGGCAUGUGGUUGAAAGUGUUUCUCGGAUAUUGCAACAACUAAGGUGGGGUCAUGCAAUGGAAAACGCACUGGGGAAACUCAACUACUCAAUCGAUGCCUAUCAAGCAAACCAGGUACUUAAGCAGCUGAAAGACCAUGAUGUUGCUCUUAAUUUUUUCUAUUGGUUGAAAAGACAACCGGGAUUCAAGCAUGAUGGGCACACCUACACCACCAUGGUUGGCAUCCUUGGCCGUGCCAGGAAAUUCAGGGAAAUAAACAAGUUGCUUGACCAGAUGGUCAUGGAUGGAUGUCAGCCAAAUGUUGUGACGUACAACCGUCUUAUUCAUAGUUUUGGUCGGGCAAAUUAUUUGAAUGAAGCUGUUGAUGUUUUCAACCAGAUGCAAGAAGUAGGGUGUCAACCUGACCGUGUCACGUAUUGCACACUCAUUGAUAUCCAUGCAAAAGCUGGGUAUCUUGAUGUUGCCAUGGACAUGUAUCAGAGGAUGCAAGAGGCUGGGCUUUCUCCAGACACGUUCACUUAUAGUGUCAUCAUCAAUUGCCUUGGCAAAGCAGGCCAUUUAGCCGCCGCCCACAAGCUAUUCUGCGAGAUGAUUAGUCAUGGCUGUGUGCCUAACUUGGUGACUUAUAAUAUUAUGAUUGCCUUGCAUGCCAAAGCGAGGAACUACCUGAGUGCAUUACAGCUUUAUGGUGACAUGCAAAAUGCUGGAUUUGAGCCAGACAAAGUAACUUACAGCAUAGUUAUGGAGGUCCUUGGUCAUUGUGGUUAUCUAGAAGAAGCCGAGGCUCUUUUCUUUGAAAUGCAACAAAAGAACUGGGUUCCUGAUGAGCCUGUAUAUGGUCUUCUGGUGGACUUGUGGGGUAAGGCUGGGAAUGCAGAAAAGGCUUGGGGGUGGUAUCGAGCCAUGCUCGAUUCAGGUUUGUGCCCCAAUGUGCCGACAUGCAACUCCCUGCUCAGUGCUUUCCUUAGGGUACACCGACUGUCUGAUGCAUGUAACUUGUUACAGAGCAUGCUCAAUUUGGGUCUACACCCAUCUUUGCAAACUUACACCUUGCUCCUCAGUUGUUGUACGGAGUCCCAAACAUCAUAUGACAUGGUAUUUUGUUGUGAGCUUAUGGCUGUCACUGGCCACCCAGCACAUGCAUUCCUACUAUCCAUGCCAGCAGCAGGACCUGAUGGCCAGAACGUGAGAGAUCAUGUCAGCAACUUCUUAGACCUUAUGCACAGUGAAGAUAGAGAAAGCAAGAGGGGACUUGUGGACUCAGUGGUCGAUUUUCUUCAUAAGACGGGGCUCAAGGAGGAAGCUGGAUCUGUUUGGGAGGUGGCUGCUCAGAAGAAUGUUUAUCCAGACGCAGUUAAAGAGAAAAGCUCGUCUUAUUGGCUUAUAAACCUCCACGUUAUGUCAGAUGGAACUGCCGUAACUGCUCUAUCUAGGACGCUCGCCAGGUUUCGCCAACGGAUACUUGUGUCAGGGAUUUGUCCCAACCGCAUUGAUAUUGUGACAGGAUGGGGGCGAAGGAGUCGGGUGACGGGAUCUUCUCUGGUGAGGCAGGCAGUGCAGCAGUUGCUGCACAUUUUCAGCUUUCCUUUUUUCACUGAACAUGGUAAUUCUGGAUGUUUUGUAGGGUGUGGGGAGCCUCUUAAUAGAUGGUUGCUCCAAUCUUAUGUGGAGAGGAUGCAUUUGCUGUAGCUGAGUUAUGUUUUUCAGUCUUUGUACUUAAACUCCAGUUUUGUUGUGGAAGAGGAACUUGCAUAUCCUUCCUCAGAGGCAUUGGUAUGUAUUUGAAUUAUGAUGUUCUGUUAAUUUAAAUUCAGGUUGUUCUUUUUACCUGUGG